GUCUGACGACUAACCCGUCUUGCACCACCACCUCCUUCGUAUCGUACUUCUCUCCCUAAGAGGAGAUAUAAUGGAGCAGGCACACGCGGUCCUCAGGGACACCUUCGGCUUCCCUGGGUUUCGCCACACCCAGGAAGAGGUCAUCCAAAGGCUGCUCGUGGAAAACGACAAUGCGCUCGUUUUGUUUCCCACUGGAGGCGGCAAGAGCUUGUGUUACCAAGUGCCCGCGCUAUGCCUCGACGGCUUGACGCUAGUUAUCUCGCCCUUGAUUGCUCUCAUGAAGGACCAAGUCGACGCGCUUGUCAACCGGAACGUGAAAGCGGCCAGCCUGGAUAGUACACUCACCGCGGACAGGUCUGCGUGGGUGAAGCAAGAGGUUUUGAGCGGGUCGAUGAAGAUGCUGUACGUGGCCCCGGAGAGGCUGAACAACGAGUCCUUUGUCGCGAUGAUGCGGAAGGUCAAGAUCUCGCUUCUGGCAGUCGACGAGUCCCACUGUAUCUCACAAUGGGGCGCAAGCUUCCGCCCGGAGUACCUCAAGAUUGCGCGUUUCGCGGAGGAACUCGACGUCGAGCGCGUCCUGUGCUUGACUGCCACCGCAACGAAGACUGUCGCGGAAGACAUCUGCAAGAGCUUCUUCAUCCACCCGACGGAAGGCGUCUUCCGCAUUCCCGUCUAUCGCCCGAAUCUCGCGUUGAGAGCACACGUUGCGAACAACAUGAACGAUAAGGUGGCCCAUGUGCUGCCCAUGUUGCAGUCGAGGACGGGUCCCGUCAUCAUCUAUGUCACUCUGCAGAAGCAGGCGGAGGAAAUUGCGGACCGAUUGCGCCCGCAUGGGUUGGAACCUAUGGUAUACCAUGCAGGUCUACCCGCGGAAGAACGCGAGAGGAUCCAGAUGCAAUUCAUGGAGUCCGAUAGAGGUAUUGUAUGCGCUACCAUAGCAUUUGGUAUGGGCAUUGACAAGGCCAACAUCCGCCAGGUCAUUCAUUUCCACAUGCCGAAGACACUCGAGAACUACAGCCAGGAAGUCGGGAGGGCGGGACGUGACGGGCUGGAAUCGACAUGCCUGAUGUUCCUUUCUGCCGCCGAUAUUCCUGUCCUUGAGGGCUUCGCGCGCGGGGAUACCUGCGCCAAGCGGGACAUCGAGCUUUGGCUCCAGGAGGUCGCGAUGGCCAAGCCCGCGCCCGACGGCACCAUUGACUUCAACCAUUACCACCAGGCGAAGAUAUAUGACAUCAGGCAAAAUGUGUUGAACCUCUCGUUUGCCGAACUCGAGCUCGACCAUGGCUACAUCCGCGCAGUGACGCCGUACUACUCUGUCUACGACAUCAGCGCGCGAACGAACGAUGGUUGGAAGAAGGUCACGUCAGACCGGAGCAAGCAAGCACAGGCGCUGAAGGCGUGCUGGAUAGCCAAAGGGACUGGAUAUCAGAUUGACAUGGCCAAAGCCGCCGAAUAUUCGAAGAUCAAUCGCGCGGACCUUGCGAGGUAUGUUAGCGAGUGGGAAUUUGCUGGCUACAUCAAUUGCAAGGCCUCACAGGUCCGGGCUCGUUAUCAGGUCUUAAAGCCCCUGCCGAAAGCCCCAGAGGAAAUUCAAGCAUUGGCAGAUCAGCUCUUCACCAGGAUGCUGGCGCGCGAGGAGGAAUCGGUUCAGAAGCUCCGACAAGUCAUGGAGUUUGCUACCAAUGAUGAUUGCCUAGCACAUGCCCUCGCCUCGUAUUUUGGCGACGACGACGCGGUGCCGAACCAGAUGUGCGGUAAAUGCAGCUUCUGCUUGUCCGGUUCGGGCGUUGAGUUCGCCGCAACGGCAAGCUGCAAGCCCGACCCGCGACAGAUCCAGGCGAUCCUCAACGCCUGCACCGUGCGUGACGACCCGCGCCUGCUGGCACGAAUGGCCUUCGGAAUCACAUCCCCGCGAUUGACCGUGAACAAGUGGUCCGCUGCGCAUCCUCUGUUUGGGAGCAUGGUGCAAGUGGAUUUCAAUGCGCUCGUCGAGGCGUUCGAGAAGGAGUGCAAGAAAGUCGGGUACGUGAAUCUGGAGCCCCCGUCGCCGCCGCCGAAGACGGCCCAGAAACGAAGCUACACCCAGUAUUCGUCGUACGGAUCGCGCUCGAGCAGUGGUGGAAGCUCGUACCGUGGUGGUUACUCGAAGCGGGCGCGGGGACGCAGGUAUUAGACUCCGUUGCCCAGUAGUUCACUGUGUUCGUUGCGUAUUGUGUCAGAAAGGGCGCAGUGCUCGUACAGAUAGACGACAGUACUUACCUUAUGCGAACUGCCAAAGCAGUACUUACUGUAUGAUAGGCAGGUUGUUGUAAUCUGUACCGACAGAAUGAAUGUCUUCGUCCCGA